AUGGAGAGCGACAGGAGCACCACGACUCGCAAGCCGCAGCGGAAACAGAGCGUCACCUGCUCUGUAAGUGCAAUUGUCGGGCUUCAAGUUUUGUCUGCCGCAGGAUUCGGUAUCAUGAGCCCAGUAUUAUCGAUUGUUAUGACGGAGUAUUUUGCCAGACUGUAUCGGGAUGGCUUACCUAUUGACUGCGGAGCCGAUCCGCACGACGAGGCAUGCGUUGCUGGUUCGCGCCAGGCUGCUUGGCUGUCGAGUAUUUUCUCGGCUGGAGGAUGUGUGGGAAGCCUGAUUCUGUCGCCGAUGCUAGGUCAAGCUUCGGAUAUCUAUGGACGCAAGCCUUUUCUAGUGCUGAACCAGAUCUUAAGACUGGGUGUGCCGUUCUCGGUCAUGUACUUCAUGCAGCCAGAUGGCUCCAUUACGCCGUAUUUCGUGCUGAGGCUGGUCGACUCGGGCUUUGGAGUGGCUGGUGUCAUGAGUGCUGCUGUCGCGGAUGUAGUCGCUCCUGAGGAUCGUGCUGCUGCGUUCGGGGUUCUCUUUGCGAGUCUCUCUGUAGGCUUUUGCAUUAGCGCUUUCGCUGCGCCAUUCUUUUCAAGGGAACACAUUCUCCAGAUCGCGGCUGCUCUCUUUGUACUUCGUGUCGUAUGGGCAGUUUUCCUUUUACCCGAGACGCUCCCGAUUCGAACACACACGAGUAAAACCCGAUGGGUAGUGGAGAACCCAGUCAGCUCUAUGGCUAUUCUCUUCCGAGACCAAUUGUUUAUGCGGUUAACCUGCUUGAUCGCGCUGACUGCUUUUGUCAUGAACGGAGUUUUCCAGAUCCAAUCUUUUUUCCUCAAUACUAUUGUAGGGUUUGACGUGAAAGAUUUCGGUAACCUAAUGCUUGUUGGUGGCAUCUUAGCGUUACUCGGACAGGUUUUACUACUGAAACCUUUAGUGAGCUGCGUCAAAGAGAAAGGAGUGAUUGUCAUCGCUCUAGUUGCCAGUACGAUAGGCACAUGUGGUUUUGUCGCCAUCGCCUAUUACCCCCGCAAGUGGCUGGUGUAUGCAUUAACCAUCGUCGGCUGCAUCAGUGAUCUCUCCUUUCCAGCUAUUUCGGCGCUCAAGUCAAUCAAUGCGUCGGAAAAGGAGCAAGGGCGUUUGCAAGGCGCAAUUUAUGGUGCGCGGUCGAUUUUUGAAGCGCUCGGGCCCGUGAUCUUCUCCUCGCUGUAUGCUUCUAUGACACGUCAAUCUGUCUGGUCUCAAGCGCUUCCGUUUGCGGUGGCAUCGAUCAUUUAUUUUAUUGGAAUCGGAGUGGCGAUAUCGUUGCCCGCUGGAAAAAACCCUCUACCUAGCAAAAACGUUGCAAAUUCGGCUCCUUUGUUGUCGCCAACGUAUGGAGAGUCACUGAUGUCCAUGUACUUCGAGACUGAUGACGACGAUGAUGAACUAGAAGACGAUGACUAUGAUCGAGUGGCUUAUGCAACGAAAGCGAAUAUGGACGAUGAAGAUUUUCUUGCUGAGCCACUGCUCAAUACAGCUGCAGCGAAACAUGUGCACUUUAAUGUCUGA